AUGGAGCCAGUUAUCUUGUUCACCUCACCUCCAAAUUUUGAAGAACUGUGUGGUGUAACAGUUCUAGUGAAACCAUCUGUCCAGCCCCAGCUGGUAUCUUUACAACCACACAUCACUAAAUGUCGGGAAAUUAUAUUUACAGAACCUGAUGUGAUUGCAAGCCCUUCAUGUGAUUUAGAUGCCUGUUUUAACAUUGUAAUGCAACAAAGCCUUUUCAAGAGCGGACGAGUACAAGCAAGACUUCAAAAGCUGGGAUGCCAGCUGAGCAAACCUUACAGAGUCCUGCCCUCUUUAUAUCAAGCCUGUCUGCACUAUACAAUGUUAGCAAGAUUGGCACCAGUAUGGAACAAAGCAGGGGACUGGUUGCUUCAGGGUCGUGACUUUCUGAUGCACACAGGAUAUACAAAUGCAAUAAAAAUGAGAUUAUGUGUCAACAAAGAUGAAAUGUUUGUAUCUGUGUGUGGCACUGUGGUCAGGUUUCCACCCCUGCAGGUGGAAGAUCUCUGUCUGAGUCAGCAAGAAAUGUUACAGAUUGUGAAAUCUACCGAAGAUGGAGUCAGUGAGGUUAUGUUAGCUGACUGUUGGUGUCAUGUUCUACCCAGCAUGAAGAGGGGCAGGAUCAUCAGUGUGUCUCUGAAUAUUUCAAGGCAAAGUCCCUUCACCUGUUACAGAGAUCUGCAGCGAUACUGGAAAAAUAUGUAUGGGUAUAGACUGCCUGAUACGGAUGAAGAUAUUCUGUACUGCCAAGUUUGUUUCCUGCCUUCAGGUGGGGGCAAACAUUUUACCUAUCCCAAUGUGUGUCUGAGAGCAGGACCUAUGCAAAUGGUUCAAAGAGUGGACCCUAAACCUAUUCUAACCACUUUCCUGCAGGAUGUUCAUGGCAGAGUAGGGGCAGUAUGUGGCAGCCCUCUCAGGUUUCAGCCAAAAAUCUCCUUUGCUUGUCCAUCUUUGCAUGUUGCAGGAGAGGAGACAAGAAGAGUAAGUUUAUCAGCGAAGCCUGUCAGCAAGCCAGUUGCCCCAGUAAGAAGUCAGCAAUCAAUAUCACAUCUGUUUAACAUCACAAACACUGACAGACAAGCUUCUCUUAAAGAAAAACUAUAUAAACAGACAAAUGAGAUGGCAAAAGAAGACAUGGGACUUGUUAAUGCAACACAGGCAGAAAUAAGACUUAUACAUGAAAAUGAGAAACAAGUCCAAGAGUAUCAUGAUAAAGAUGAUUCCAACUCAUAUACUGUUAGACAGUUAAUAAAUAUUGACAAAAAAGCUCCAGCUAGAGAAAAACUAUAUGAACAAAAAACUGAGAAACCAAAAGAAGAUAUGAACUUUGUUAAUGUAUCACAGACAGAAAAAGGACAAGAAAAUGAAAAAAGAGUUCAAGAGAAUCAUGCUAAAGAGGAGACAGAAAGGAGACUUACACAGGAGAAUGAGAAACAAGUUCAAGAGUGUCAAGAUAAUGAUGAUCUCAACUUAUAUACAGUAGGAAAGAAAGCAGAAAACCAAAUUAUAACACAGAAGAAUGGCACAGAAAAUACCAUUUACCAUUCACAACCUAACACUUCAGUAGACCAGAAGUAUAAUUCAUUGUUACAAAAACAGAUGACAAACUCUGAUAACAGUGGAAAGCAUAAUAAUACACAACCUGUAGUGGCCAACAAAUUUGUUCCACACUUCAGACCCAAACCAAAAUGUCAUGUAGACAAAAAACAAUUUACUUCUGAAAAUUUUCAUUGUAUCAUCCCAAAAGAAACCAGCUUUAAACCUGUAUUCAAACCGUGUCUUUCAAAGGCAACAUCAAGCAAGAAAGACAAAACGGUAGCACAGAGUUCAGGAACAAACAUUGCCAUAAUUCAGUCACCUUCAUCUAAGUUACGCUUGGCCACAAAUAAGACAAGUAAUACACCAGCGAAGGAACAGGACUCACCACAGCUUACAUUUUCUGUCUCAGUUCCUCAUUUUAGAAACAAUUUGAAACAGAAGUCUCUUAAAUGUGCUCAGACAAAGCCAGCUUUAUCAAAAACAGUUAGUUCUUCUGUUAUUGAUUUGAAAACAGUUGCAGAAAAGACAAAACAGUGCAACCCAAGAAGUAUGAUGAAAUCAACAACUAAUUCUGAUCUAAGCUUGUCAGCUCAGAGACCUGACACCAUUCUAUUGCCACCAGUUUCAUCAGUAUCAAACACACCAAUUGCUCUUUUUGAUAGUAUUUCAAAAAUAGCAUCAGAGAGAAAAUCACAGCCAAGCCCUAGAAGCAUCAUGAAUUCACCAAGUUUUUGUGGCUUAGUCUUGCCAGCAGAAAGAUUGGAAAAUAUGUUACUGACACCAGCUCAUGGCAAUGCACGAGAGCCUCCCUCCACACCUGUGCUGUUAGGUAAAAGCAGUCAGGAGAGCAACGGAUGGUGUAAGAAUGGGUCUCAGGAUGCAAUGAAGAGGAAGAAAGUUACAGAGGGAGAAGAGACUCUUAAAAAGCCAAGAGUCAAGUCACAGGUACAGAAUUUAGAUGUGGAAGCCUUGGCCAGAUCAAAUCAGUUAGGGAAAGUCAACACAGUCACCUUAACAGCAUGGCUGAAGGACAGAGGUGUGAUCUGCCGAUCAAAGGACAAGAAGAAUGACCUUGUGGAUAAGGUUAAUAGCUAUAUAAGUGAUGGUAAACCAGCGGCUUAA